AUGGAAUUGAAUAAGAUUCCUACGGCUGAGGCUCUGAUGUUCCACAAUAUUGCUAUAAAUGAUCCGUCAUGUCCGCUAUGCAGUUCUGAAGCAGAGUCUGCGGACCACUUGUUCAUCGCUUGUUAUAUUGCGUCUACGGUAUGGAAUGGAGUCAGUUUGUGGUGUAAGAUUCCACAAAUUUUCGCGUUUUCUCUCCAAUAUCUGCUCAAUAUUUAUUCCGGUUUGGAUGUAUUGGAGAAAAAGAAGGAGGCGGUUCAAGGUAUUAUUAUCGUUUCAUGUUGGAGUCUGUGGCGUGCCAGGAAUAAGCUCAAGUUUUUGAAUGUCCCGUUCAAGAUAGAAGCUAUUUUAAGUAAAAUAAAGGCUUUAAGUUUCUUAUGGUUUUCUAAAAGAUCGAAAUAUAAAGGGAUAGUUUGGAAGGACUGGUACUCUUUUGUAAAUAUGUAA